AUGCCAGGAUACGCCAUUGAAGGUCACAAACCGUUAACUCAACUACUGAACUAUAACGAUAGCUACAUCUCUGCCUGUGCGAUAGCUUACAGUCGCCUAAAGAAGUAUGCGGAUCGUGAAGCAAGCAAAAAUGGCGAUAUCAUCGAAAGAGAUCUAGAAACACCUGAAAGUGUGGCGGCGGCAGCAGCAGCAACAGCAACAGACGACGGCGAAACAACGUCACUGUCUUCAGCGGAGGGAAGUGAUUAUGAAGCAACAGCUGUAUCUGCGAGAGAACACACUCGCAGCACAUCAGCACAAUUGUUGAGAAGAUCUGCGCGACAACAGAAGCGAAUGCGAGAAGAUCCAUACACGUUUGAAGUUGAAACGGAAGGAGUAAGAGAAGCAGGAGCACUCGAGAGAAGCAGCUCUUCAUCCACUGCUUCCUCUUCACCAUUGGUGCGACGAAGAAAAUAUCACCAGAUCGAUGAGGAACCAGUAUCAAUGCUUGUGGAUCCAGACGAACUGGCGUUCGAAAGUGUGGAGCCCAGUGCAGCCGAGCUUGGCGAGGACGCAGCUCGACGAGAUCAGUUAAGAAAGAGGUGUAGGAGGACGGACACCAAGUUUGUUGCAGAGAAGCCGGUUAAACGUAUAGUAAUCGACGACGAGGACGACGAUGAGAAAGAGGAGUAUGAAACCGGGACUGAUAGCCAAGUCACUGACGAUCGUCGAACAUUUGCUUCGCCUUCCUCAUUGCUGCCAUCACCACCCGAAGUCGGACCUGUGAAAUCCGACGAUGGUGGCGACGGCAGCGGCAGCAAUGGCGGUGAUGACAGUGGUGAUAGCAGCAACUCGACAUCCGAUAGACUUGUAAUUGUCGAUGAGCCAGCAAAAGGAACAGCGCCACCAACAUCAUCAACGCCACGAUCAUUAGCCAUAACAGCAGCGGCGGCGAACUCACAACUCACUGAGUCCACGCAACGGCAAGAAGUGGUAGACGUUGUUACCGUACGGUUGCAGCAGUUAAACGCUACUGAAUACACGGGCGGUCUAACGUCGUUCUCAACGGAUUCCAAACAAAGGGAUUUCUUGCGACGAAGGCAGCAAGACUUUCCAUGGGUAGAAAUAAGAGAAAUUCCUAGUAUUGGUGGAAGAGGAGUGUUCGCCAAAGUCCCAAUCCCAAAAGAUUCCGUUGUCUGUGACUACCGUGGACUGGUGAAAAAUUUAAAAGAAGUCGACGAGAUGCUUACGACAUUGACAACCGAGCGACGGAAAUAUGUAGAGGCGUAUUUAGUGCAAUAUACAGUUCGUGAAUCUGGAAAAAUGUACCAGCACGCAAUACUCGCUCAUGAGCCAACGUACAAAGGAACAGUUACUAUUGGAAGGCUUUUGAAUCACAGUUCGAAACAUCCCAACUCAUCGAAGCUCAUCGAAGGAAGGCUCGAUUCAAUGGUGUACUUUAGAGCGAUACGAGAGAUCAAGGCGAACAGCUGCUGUGGGAUUACGGAAAGCAGUACAAUAAAGAGUUUUUUGCGGAAGAAAUGUAUCUGUAAUGUGUGCGAUUCACAGCUAGUCGAAGAGUCAACCGCUUGCCUCAAGCCAUUAACGACCACUGAAGUGGCCACCGCCAAACUUGAAGCGAAGGCAGAGCCGUGGAGUGGUGAUCCAUCGUUGUCCCAGCAAGUGUUCGGAUCUUCACUACGCCGUGCACCCUUCGGUGUUCGUGAUCUGUUGUUAUCGGCGGCACGUAAAGCAGGAGCUGGAGGUUUUCUUCUCGAAGACGUAGGAAGCGAUGCGUUUACAGCAUACGCACGGAACCGAAAUGUGGUGUUUGGUGUGUCAGGGGAAGAACACUUCACUGCUGACAUAACGGUACCUCCAGGUUGCACAAACAAUCUUUGUCGUAUGUUGUUGGCUGCAUACAAGGACGCGUACACACACAUACAAGGACGCGUACACAGAGAAACGCAGUGA